UUUGAGUUUUGACUAGCAAAUGCUGCAUGAUAUCAGAGAAGAACAUAUUUGUUCGUUUUCAACUAAGUUUAAGAACUCUGAACUUUAAAUAAAGUAUAUUAAAUUUAUUUUUAAUGUGAAUUGAACGUAUGCACUUACUUAUUUCUGACGUUAAGAACUGUUAAUUAAAUUAUACCAAUAAACGUUAAGAUCAAACUUCGUUAUGGAAAAAUUAGGUAGAAAUAAAAAACCCACCGAAGAAGAAAUCAUUCAAAGCACUUUUAAUGCCUUAAGAUUAGAACAAAGACAACUAGCUACGAAGUUAUCUGAAAUCGAACUUGAUUUGAACGAACACAAUGUUGUUAUUGAAACUCUUAACAAAUUGGAUGGCAAAAGGAAGUGUUUCCGAAUGAUUGGUGGGGUAUUAGUGGAAAGACAAAUUAGCGAUGUACUACCAACCCUUAUCAAAAACAGAGGAGAGAUGAGUAAAAUCGUGAAAACUUUAAACGAACAACUUACUAAAAAAGGUACUGAAAUCAACGACUUCAAAACUAAGCACAAUAUACAAGUAAGAGGUGGAUUUAUGGAACCAACAGAAAUGCCUGAUAAACAAGCUGAAGAAAAGAAAACUGAACAAGGGAGUUCUGUAAUAGUUAACAAUGUCUGAUCUUAAGGAUUUUUAUUUUUUUUAAGCAACUCAAUAAUUUUGUUCAUAAUUCAUAUGUGCAUUAUUGUAAAUUCUUUUCUUUGUAUAACAUUGGAAGAACUUAAAUUAGUUUUUCAGUAACAACAUUAAUAUGAAAAACUAUUACUAGAUGUAAUCUAACAUUUUUAUUAUAAAGUUUAUUAAUAA